ACUCUUCUGGAGUCAAAAAUUUAGGAAAAAUCUUUUUAAUUUAAGAAGUAAGAUUUAAUCUUUCAUUCUUCCCCAUUCUUUCUUCUUCCUGUAAAAUCAUGUAUUUUUUUUGUAACUGAAUUUAACUGUAAUUACCUAUGUGGAGACCUAGGGAGUUUUAUUAAAAACACAGUAAGGCUGGUAUCUAGCACAGUGUUUCUUUGUUGUGAUCUUAUGAGUUUUUGUUUGGCUGAAGGAAGGAGUUUCUAAAUGAAGGGUCAAAUUCAGGUUCCAGUGAAAUCAGGAUACAAUUGACACGUGACAAUGGGACCAAAAUUUUCAUCAAGUCCAUUCAUUCUACCAAGAGCAGGAAAAUUCUUCAUCUAAACCAUGUUUAAGAAAAGAAAUUUAAUGGCCCACUGCCAGAAACUCUCCAGUAAAUGUGAAGAUUUUGCUUGUACUUGCAGAAACGUGUGGUUUAGACCUACGAUAAGGCUUGGAUGACAUUUACUGUCUGAGAUGAAGUUCUGAAACCUUCAGAAACCUUUGAAAUUCUGCGCUAUUGUUUCUAAUAAUUUAUUUCUCUUGGGCUGAUCCCAGCAUGACAGUGAAGUGACAAAGGCUCAGGCGGGCUUUCUCAGGACCAAACCAGCACCUCUUACCGACAAGUCACUUUGCCUUGGCUAGAAGCCAGAUCGGGGUGCGCAGGCUGAUGCCGACAGAUCUCCAUUUGCUCUGCACGACUAGGGCAGUUUUAUUCGCAAUUAUUUAGGCGCUGCUUUACCUGACUGUGAGGGAGCUCUCCGGGAGCACGGUUCGGCAGAGCAGCCCUUCCAGCUGCCCAGCCCGGGGGCUCCGGUAGCCGGCAAGGGCUGUGGGUCCGUGUCCCCCGGGCUCAGCGCUUUCGGGGCGGAGCGGCCCGGGUCCCGUGGCGGGGCGAGCGGGCGGCGGUACCGGGGGAAGGAGGGGGCUGGCGUCAGGAGCUGGGCAGCCACUGCCGCGGGAGCUCCCCCGCGCCUCGCCUCGCCUCCCGCGGCCGCGGGGGGAUAAAGGCACCUGGCCCGGCUCUCCGGGCCACCGGAGCGGGAAAGGCGGGCGAGAGGACGUGCGGGGGCCGUGCCCCACCGCGCAGCCCCCUCCAUGCGCCUCGCCGGCGGCUCCGGCUCGCCCCGGGCUGUGCCCUCUCCCGGGAAUGGCAGCCGGUGGCGGGCGGCGGAGCCCGGCGGCGGCAGCAGCCCCAGUCCCGAGGCGUGGUCGGGGUCGCCGAACGGCAGCCUGGGCGGCUGGGACCCCUUCGGGCGGGACGAGGAGCUAGCGAAGCUGGAGAUCGCGGUGCUGGCCGUCACCUUCGCGGUGGCGGUGGUGGGGAACGGCAGCGUGCUGCUGGCCCUGCGGCGCACACCGCGCAAGGCGUCCCGCAUGCACCUCUUCAUCCGCCACCUCAGCCUGGCCGACCUGGUGGUGGCCUUCUUCCAGGUGCUGCCCCAGCUCUGCUGGGAGGUGACCCACCGCUUCCACGGCCCCGACGGGCUGUGCCGCGUCGUCAAGCACCUGCAGGUCUUCGGCAUGUUCGCCUCGGCGUACAUGCUGGUGGCCAUGACCGCCGACCGCUACAUCGCCGUGUGCCACCCGCUGAAGACGCUGCAGCAGCCCACCAAGCGCUCGUACGGGAUGAUCGCGGCUGCCUGGGCGCUCAGCCUGCUGCUCAGCACCCCGCAGUAUUUCAUCUUCUCUCUCAGCGAAGUGGAGCGCGGCUCUCAGGUCUACGACUGCUGGGCGCACUUCAUCAUGCCCUGGGGGCCCCGCGCCUACAUCACUUGGAUCACCGGCGGCAUCUUCAUCGCGCCCGUCCUCAUCCUCAUCAUCUGCUACGGCUUCAUCUGCUACCGCAUCUGGCGCAACGUCCGGGGCAAGACGCGCCCGGGGGAGGCGGCGGCAGCGGCUGCCGGCCGGCGGGCAGGUGAUGAUGCUGGCCCGCGACGGGGGCUGCUGCUCGCCCCUUGUGUCAGCAACGUCAAAACCAUCUCCCGCGCCAAGAUCCGCACCGUCAAGAUGACCUUCGUCAUCGUCUCGGUGUACGUCGUUUGCUGGGCGCCCUUCUUCACCAUCCAGAUGUGGUCCGUCUGGGACCAGCGCUUCCCCUGGGUCGAUUCUGAAAACACUGCGACUACUGUUACAGCUCUGCUGGCCAGCCUGAACAGUUGCUGUAACCCGUGGAUCUACAUGUUCUUCAGUGGGCACCUCCUCCAAGACUGCCUACAGAGCUUCCCUUGCUGCCAAAAAAUAAAGCUAACACUGAGUAAAGAAGAUUCAAACAGCAAUAGCAGGCGACAGACUUCUUUCACCAACAACAGAAGCCCAACCCACAGCUUAAACACGUGGAGAGAGAUGCCCCACUCCAAAUCGACCAGCUUCAUCCCCAUUCCAACGUGAGACAGGCCUCAGGGCAGGCAGGGCUUGCAGUCCCAUCGCGGUGUUUGGGAAGGUUGUGGCAUGGCACUUUAUGCCAGGACAGGGCACCAUCACGGUACCAAGGAAUGACUAAGAUGGCCCUGAGACAGAAAGUGCCACCUUGCUUGAUAAGUUAUGCUGCAGAAUGUAAAUUAUUUUCUGAAAGUUAUUUAGGAUUUGGGCAACUGAUCAGGAAGGUGUGACAACAAUAAAGCAAUUAUUUUUUAAAAUAGAAUUUAUUUUAAUUUUUUGUCUGUUUCUAAAAUACUAAGUGAAUUGUUUGUUUGCUGUUUAAAGCAGCAAAAAUAAUGGAGUUGUCAUCUCUUGCAGUAACUCCACUCUCUAGUGUUAAUGCAUAAGGCUUCUCAUGAUUGUCUGACGAAGUCACGGGGAAAAAAGACAAUAUGAGCAAGAUUACAGUUUAGUCUCAAACAUUAAAAGAAAGGAGUGGGGGAAAAGUCUUGGCUGUCCAGGUGAGGAAUGGGCUUAGACAGACUCUGAGUUGCUGGAAUUCAGUUGCUCAUGACGCUUCAUCUUGUAAAGGUCUAGCAGUUCUCAGACACUGAGAUUUAACAGCCCUUGUGAAGGUAAAGCUUUUAGUGCUGUCAAUGUCUGUAUGUGUAUCGUGGGGUUUCAUUUUUAGGGUGACAUUUUCUCUUCCCUUCAUGUUGAUGGAAAUUUCAUAGAGUAUUUGUGUGUGUUUGUGUGUGUGUGUGUUGUUGCACCCCCUUUCAUUUUUUAAACUAAUUUUUAGAGUAUAUUGAUAAGUAUGAUAUGCUAUGACUAGCUCAGCACCAUUACAAACAGCUACACCAAGAAAACUCAUAAUGAAUAACAGAACCACUUGCUUUAUUGGUAGGAAUGUUAUCUUUUAUUUUUUAAUUUACUAAGACAUCUAGGAUCAAGCUACAUUGGUUGUCAAGCAAAUAGCCUCAUGAGCUCAGGAGAGUGUAGUCAUUUGGUAAGAGCUGUAGAACCAGUUUAUUUCAAGAAACAGAUGUGAGAAUCAAACUUGCAAGUCUUCUGGGAACAUAUGGAAAUUGUCAGUGUUGUUGGCUUGUCUUUUUCUAUUAUUAUUUAUAUUGACAGCUCAUGACAAUAUAGUCUUAAAAAUUGUCACUAAACGGCAAUAAAAAGUCAUCAGAACACAUUUGCUAAUUACAAAGCACUCAAGGUGUGUUUGUUUUCAAUACAAUGCAUGCUAAGUUGAGUAGUUCAUUUACAUGGUAAACAAUCCUAUUACAUCUUUCCUUGCAGCCUAUCUUUUCUAUUGAGAUUGGGUUUUGAAGCUCCUUGAGUAAGUUUUGCUGAGUUUUUAAGUCUUCAGAAUCUCUUUGAGAAGUACAACUACCGGUCUGCUCUGUUUUCCUGAGCUUGUCGGAUCCUGAAAUCCAGGCGCUCCCCCAGCUCCCUGCAGGACACAGUCCCAGCUGGAGCAGUGGGACACGAGCGUGGCUCAUAACUUGCAUGCAAAGGAGGAAGCUCAGCAGCAGGUUUCUUUCCUUCUCACCAAAACCUAACAAACAAGAUUGCUUUUCUAACUGCUUGAGGAGAUGUGGCUGUCACUGAGGAU